AUGUCUUCCUCCAUUAUUAUCACCUCGGCUGCAAAUGCCAAUGAGAAAGUCGCACCGCCCAUGGUCCCACUAGAGCUCUCCUUCGACCCAGAAGUUCUUGACUCUCUGGCCAAAUGGUUCCAUCCACGAUCUGCAGAUGGUGACUGGUGGUGGGAGAUUAUGGGUGGUCAUCUCGAGACCAUGCUCUCCGCUGCUGGCUACUCUAUCACCGACCAGUCUAUAGCUCUCUUAUUCUUCUAUCACUGGGUGUCGCCCCGCCUGGGUCCUAGGCCGACUAGCUCCAAGGCCGACUGGAAGAGUUUCAUGACGGAUGAUCACUCCCCUGUUGAGUAUUCCUGGAAAUGGGGGUUUGGCGACGAUGCGCCUGCCGUCCGCUAUAGCAUCGAGCCGAUCGGUUGCCAUGCAGGCACACGGGAUAUCCUCAAUCAAAAAGCCACCUGUGAACUCCUCACGCAGCUCCACCGCAGCCGGCUUCAGGGGCUCGAUCUGGACUGGUUCAAUCACUUCAAGCACGCCCUCCUGGGCCCCGGAACCCCAGCCUUCAAGUCCAAGGCCGCAAACCUGUCUCAAUCCACUCUCUUCAUGUCCUUUGAGAUUGCCGAUGCCGCUCGUCCUGUAGGUGUCAAGGCCUACUUUCUUCCCGUGGAUGCCCCUGGCAACAGCAGCAGCGAGCAGAUCUUUCGGGCUAUAGCCUCCACCUGUCCCAACCUCGUGGCUGUCAAUCAGCUGCAGGGCUUUCUCUGUGACGAUGUCCACGGCCGCACCAUCAGGCCCUUCAUGCUGGGCAUUGAUUGUGUCAGUUCCACAAAGUCCCGCCUAAAGAUAUACUCGCGUUCCCGGGCCACCAGCUUUGAUAUGGUCCGUCGUGUCAUGUCCGUUGGCGGUCAACGCCGGGGCCUCGAAGAGGCCGAGAAGGAGCUUCAUCAGCUCUGGAAGCUGACCUUGGGCUUACCCGACGACUUCCCCGUCAACAAAGAGCUCCCCUUUAACUCACACGAGACAGCGGGAGUACUCUUCUACUUCGAUGUAGCACCUGAUAAACGGGCCCUCCCUGACGUUAAAGUUUAUAUUCCAGUGAGGCACUAUGCUCCCAGUGACGAGGUGUCCGCCAAUGGCUUAGUUCAAUACUUGAACAGUCAGGGUCGGGGUGCUUAUACACAGCAAUAUCUCGAAACGCUAGAGACUCUAGCGAUAGGAGAGAGUAUGAGCGAGUCAAACGGUGUGCAAACGUAUAUCAGCUGCGCCUAUAACAACAGUGGCAAAUUGGUCAUCACAUCGUAUAUAACCCCCCAGUUCUACCACCCACAUUGGUUUGAAGGAGGCCUUGGCAAUUGA